GUGAAUCAAACGAUGUCCGAGCUGGAUGCGGGCCAGGUGCGAAGGAUACUGCACGAAGCGCUGGAUCUUUGGUCGCAGCACGCCAACAUCAACUUCCGCGAGGUGUACAGUACGGACGCCGACAUACAGGUGCUGUUUGCGCGUAAAUUUCACGGCGACGGUUACAACUUCGAUGGGCCCGGCAAAAUACUAGCCCACGCGUUCUAUCCCGGCACCGGUAUCGGAGGCGAUGCGCAUUUCGAUGCGGACGAGCAUUGGCUGCUGAAUGAACCGCUCGACGCAGAAGGCACUCGACUUUUCGAUGUGGCGGUACACGAGUUUGGCCAUUCGCUUGGACUUGGACACUCAUCGCAGCAGGAUGCGAUCAUGUUUCCGUGGCAUCACAUAUCGUACCGUGGUAAGGACACGAUCCCGGAGGACGAUCGGCUCGGCAUCCAAUCGAUCUACGGCCCGCGGAAGAAGAUUUACGGCAAAAACCCGGAACGUCACACACCGUCGACGACUACGACGACCACGACAACUACACCAGCGCCACCGCCACGACCGACGACGCGUCCAUACUAUCCGGUGAAGAACACUACCGGACAUCCAUGGGAGGGUCUGUAUCCGCACGGUGGUCGUCCGUACACGACACGCACGACGGUUACAACCACCACAACCGAGCGUGCUCACCAUCGGGACGAUGAUGAUGGACGUUAUCCGACGCGUCAUCAUCCCACCACGGUGUCGACGACGGUACGGCAUCGACCGCAUCAUCGACCGCACCAUCGAACGACAACGACGGCGAUGACGACGACCACAACCACACGGCGACCGUACCACCAUCGACCGGUCGCAAUCCAUCCGAACCCGUGCAAUACAAGCUUCGAUGCGAUCACGCUGAUUCGCAACGAGCUGUUCAUCUUCAAGGAUCGGUGGCUGUGGCGUAUGAACGAGAACGAUCUACACCGACCGAGUCCGUUCGAAAUUCACCGGAUGUUCUUCGGUUUACCGGCAGACUUUGAGCGCAUCGACACGGUGUACGAGAACAAGCAUCAGAAGAUCAUUUUCUUCAUCGGCAAGCAAUAUUAUGUGUUCAACUCGCAGUAUCUCGAACCAGGUUACCCGAAACCGUUAACCAAUCUUGGACUUCCGGACAGCAUCGAGCGGAUCGAUGCAGCACUCGUAUGGAGUCACAACAAUCGGACCUAUCUUUACAGCGGACGGCUCUACUGGAGAUUCGACGAAGACACGAAUCGGGUAGAGUUGGAUUACCCGCGCGACAUGUCCAUGUGGAAGGGUAUUGGGUAUAACAUCGAUGCCGCGUUCCAGUACCGUGACGGUAAAACGUAUUUCUUCAAGGGCCUUGGUUACUGGCGGUUCAACGAUAUGCGGAUGAGUAUCGCACACGAGUACCAGAAGUCGUCCGCUACGCGAUGGAUGAAGUGCCGGCACGAGCGGCAGGUGCUGAACGAUCUGGACGUGGACAUUGAAUCGCCCAGCAGUGAGCCGACGGUAGUGCAGAAGGCCGCAAUUGGCACGAACCGUGCCGCCCCAUCCAGUCUGUGCAAUGACGAUCGGAGAUUACUGCUGCUGCUGCUGCCAUGCACACUCAUAACGUUAGCGAUAUCAUACUACUCCAAACAGUACGCUUAA